AUGACGCAAAAGGUCUCUUCAAAGCCCUCCCUCCGCACAUCCAGUGCACCCGAUACCACAGCCUUGCCGGUCGAUUCGGCACCCUACCCUCCGAGGCUCGAGCUAGAGGUGACCUGCUGGACAAAUCCAAAUCCCCAGCUGGCCAACGAUCCUGCUCCGUUUGACGACAAAUCCUCGAUGAUCAUGGGCGUCAGACAUAAGCUACGAAUCAGUUCAAUACCACCCCGAGAGCAUCCUUUCUAA